GGCGCGUCACGAGGGAGUCCGGGGCCCUAAAGAUAAAUAACAGACCCCAGAGGGAGUUCUGUUCACUUGGUUGGCGAUGUGAGGAUGUUUUGAUGCUUGCCGGAUCAGUGCUGAGCAGAUCGGGUGUUUCGUUUCGAGCGGAAUUAUGAAUCGACUACUCAGGUUCUUGCUGUCCGCCGCGGCGCUCUGUCAGGCGGUUUCGUCCGAAUCAGGAUGCGAAGGAGCCGAGUGCGAGAAGGCAGGGGUCCCUGGGAAGCCGAAACACGCGGAAUCCCUGAAUAAGUUCAACGAAAUGAACACGCAAACGCCGCAACGUCAACACCGCAACGCCGAGGCCGUGUUACCGUUCAUAGGACUGACCGGAGUUUCCAAACAGAGCCGUACCUGCUGCAAGAACGGCGGAACGUGCAUUUUGGGGAGCUUCUGCGCCUGCCCCAAGUACUUCACCGGCCGGAGCUGCGAGUACGACGAGCGUCUCAGGGAUUGCGGCGUGAUUCCGCACGGAGAGUGGGUUCAGAAAGGAUGCUCGUACUGCAGAUGUGGCUAUGGACUUCUGCACUGCUUCCCGCACGUUUUCAGCAAAGACUGCGACGAUUCUCAGGAAGUCCGGUGGUACCGUUCCAGCUCCCUCCGAACGCCGUCUUCUUCGAUCGCCGUGUGUGUGGCCCUGAUUUUACCCUUUAGUCUCCUCAACUAGGUUUUGCACGUAAACGCUCUGUUAGACUACGAACAAGAUGUUUAUUUGCUUUGGCAUUUAGGGCAGCAUUUAUCGGUGGCACUGAAAUGCGCUUUGCUUCCAGUGGAAGUGUAUCUAGCUGUGUUAAAAGCAACUGUUUAGUGAAGGAACGUGUACAUAGGAUUUAUAUUGAAAAUAUAUUUUGUGUGUGUGUGUGUGUGUGUGUGUCAGUGCACAGCCGAAACCAAUUGAAUUCUGUCUUGUUUCUCCGUCUCUGUAUGAAUUUGUUAUACAAGAGAAUGCACUGGCUAAAAGUGAGGCUUUUUAUAUCCUGCGUCCUUUUAAAAUAUACCCGUCAUGCGCGACGCGCUUGUUUUUAAAGUCCAGUUUCCGCCGGAAGCUUUGGUUUUCUCUGGAGAGAGAGCCAGAUAAUGCCCAGAUAGCCCGAGAUCGUUGACCUUUCGGCUAUUUUCUCUUUAUCUUAUAUAAACAAUCGUCCAGCCAAUCAAUCUCGGUCGCCGUCUUGACCUUCUUGAGUUGCCUGGCGCUUUACUGUAACACCCUGUGUGAUCGAGCGAAUGAAUUUGUCUCAUGUAAUUAAAACUCGCAUCAAUAACCGAGAAGGCUGACUGUUUACUGACUUCAAUUAAGCAAUUUAUCACGGGCUCCGAAAUUUGACCGCAUCCCAAUAAGCGAAGGCUAUGAAUAACCACGAGAAAGGCUUUCGGGUGCGGAAAUGACGUGUUUGCUUUUCGCAGCCACGAGGACAAACGGAGCGCUAACUGACAUCUCUCUCUAACUUUAAGAUUUCUGAGCCCGAGGGGUUGUGUACUUUUUUUUUGGGGAGUAUAUAAAAAGCGCUUUCCGUGUCUGUUCUGAAAGCUCUCUUCCUGUUGGAAACAGACUGAAUAAACGGAGAUCCCCGGGACUCUUUUACACCACAAUGCUGCUGUUCUCUUUGGUAUUAAUAGCCGGGUGGGGUCGGGCAGACCGUCCUAAGCCCUGCAUCUUCUCCAUUGUCAAGUGAUAACGGCCUCAUUCUCUACUCUUACAUGCAAAAGAGACGCUUGCAUGUCAAAGAGACGCUUAUAGGGGUGUCUCGUGUGAUAAAGACUAGGAUAUGGCUCAGCCUGCUAUUCAGGGUUUAGGAACAGAAAGAGUUUAGCUGCGUAACUCGUUUUGAUAUUGAUUUUUGUGUUUAAUACACAUAUUUAUUCUUACAUGCAUUCUCAUUGCAUUUAAUUUUUAUUCUUUCUCACAAAAAGCAAUGUAGCUGUUGUUAAAAAUACAAUUAAGGUUACAUGUCAAUAUUGUUCAAAAGUGUUUGGAUGGUGUAAAAAAGCUCACCAAUUAUUUGAUCAAAAUUGAUAAUGUAAAAAUGGUGAAAUAUUAAAAUAGCUGUGAACAAAGCUGAAUUUUUAGCUUCAUUAC